AUCAAAAUCAACAUUCAAUUUUAAUGAUAAAAAUGCUCAAGUCUAUGAUGAUAACAAUAAAUAUGGUAUAGAAUAUUAUAGCUUAUCUUUAUACGAAAAACUCUCAUCCAAGAAUUAUAAAUUGGAUAAACAUCUUGCAACCUACAAACUAAGACUACAUGUAUCCGACAAUGAAUAUCUCUUGAAAAAUCAAUCUCAAAAAAAAUAA